CGAAGAAGAAGAACAACAACAACUUCCUGUGUCCCCUAGCUCUCCAAAAAUGGCGGACACGUGUGGUCAAGUGUUGCUGGGAUCAGGGCUGACCGUCCUCUCCCACCCCCUGAUGUACAUUAAGGUCCUGAUCCAGGUAGGACACGAGCCGCUCCCUCCAACCCUGGGAAGGAACCUGUUUGGCAGACAAGUCUACCAGCUUCCUGGACUGUUUGCUUAUGCAAAGCACAUCAUCAAGGUUGAUGGAAGAGUGGGUCUCUUCAAAGGGCUUGGUCCAAGACUCUGUGCUGGCACCAUUGGCACCGUUGUACACAGCAAAGUUGUGCAGAAAUGUCAGGAACAAACAACAGCUCAGGUAGUGGGCAGUCAGCAGAAGGCUGUGGAGGGCUCCCUACAGCACGUUGUCAAUGAGACAACCAAGGAGAUGAUAGCUCGAUCCUGUGCCACCAUUGUCACACAUCCCUUUCAUGUGAUAACAUUGCGAUGUAUGGUCCAGUUUAUUGGGAGAGAAACAAAAUACAGCGGGGUGUUUGACUCUAUCAUCACAGUCUACAGAGAAGAAGGCAUAUUGGGCUUCUUUGCUGGUUUGAUCCCUCGCCUGCUCGGAGACGUCUUGUCUCUGUGGAUCUGUAACCUGCUGGCUCACCUCAUCAAUACAUACACCAUAGAUGACUCGAUGAGUCACACAGGAGAAAUCAAGAACUGCUCUCAGGCUGUGACAGGGUUCUUUGCCAGUAUGCUCACAUACCCCUUUGUUUUGGUGUCCAACCUCAUGGCCGUCAAUAACUGCGGGCUUGCUGGAGGCCGUCCACCCUAUGCAUUAGAGUAUCCCACCUGGGUGGACUGCUGGAGGCAUCUAAGCAGAGAGGGCAACAUGAGCAGAGGCAACAGUUUAUUUUUCCGGAAGCUUCCAGCAGGAAAGAUGUACGCAAUUGACCAGAAGAGAUUUUUUUAAAGCCUCAAGAGAACUGAGCUGAUUGAAGUUGUGGUAAUAAAACACAAAUAAUCAACAUUGCCUGAUCUAGGGGUUGGACAGUUGGCACUUAAUCUUUUUUGUAUUCACUUGUUUACUAAGUUUUGCGUUUUUUUUUUUUUUUCCCCUCUAAACCUGCCAUCACAUGAAAAAUAAAAGCGCAUUAAUUUCCAGUUGA